AUGGCAUCGUCGACCGUGUCACCAGAUAAAAUUAAAAAAUUAAAAACGACGACGAGUGAAAAAUCCGGAGGUACGUCACCUUUAGAAAAAAUAUAUUUUAAAAAAAAAACGGAAACGGAAAAAAGUAAAAGAGAUCCGGAUAAAAAUGUCAAACGUGCGUUGCUAUUAAAAAAAGAACAAAAUAUUAAAUUGAGAAAAGAUUUAAAACCGGAAAUGAUUUAUUUAAAAGAUUUUUCGAGUAAAAAAACUAAUAAUAAUGAUAGUAAAAAAGAUGGUGAUGAUGACGGCGAUGAUGAUGAUGGUGACGAAAAAAAAAAAAAAUUAAAAUUAUUAGAAAGUCAUGUUAAAAAAGAAGAUAAUGGAGUCGGUGGUGGUGAUGGUGGUGCUGUUGCUGCUGCUGCUGCUGAUGGAGCUGCUACUACUGGUAGCACUGCUGGUGGUGGUGGUGGUGACGGUAAUAAAAGAGAAAAAAGUAAAAGAGACAGAACGAGAACGAGAACAUUAAGUCCGACAGAAAUAAAAUUAUUAAUACCGAAUAAAAUGGAUAUGACCGGAAAUAAUAGUUUAAAAAAAGAAUCCAAUUUAAAUCAUGGGAUUGCAACUUCCGGUCCUACAGGAAGUGACGAUUCAGGGACAAAACCUACGAUGGAUGCUGUGAAAAAUCAAUCGGAUGAUGACGACGAUGAGAUAAGCAAAACGGAAGAAAGUAAAGAAGAUGAAAAUUACGAGGAUGAUUUCGAGGAUUACGAAUCCGAUUUUGAAAAUGAUGAUCCAAUCACAAAACCGGAUGUUGAUGAAAAAAAUAUUGUAUAUCCGGAUAAUUUACAAGAACAACAACAACAAUUAUUGCCAAAACAAACGGAAACGAAUAAAAAUGAUGAUGAGGAAAAACAAUGGAAAACAAAUUACAGGAAACAAGAAAUUGAAGAAAUUAAAAAAUUAACGGAAAAAGAAAAUUUACAAAUAACGGAAAUGAGGUCUGAAGUGGCAGCAGCUAAAAAACGUGGACAACAACUUUUAACAAUGAUAACUUUAGAUUUUGUUUCUUACAACAUAUUCGAAAUACCUCCGAUACCUUACGAAGAUUACAUGAAACUUUUCGGAAGGAAAAACACAAAACAGGUUUACAUACAAACAAACGAAGAUAAUUUAGAUGAAGAAAUACAAACGGAUGAAAUACACACGUGUAAUAAAUGGACGCAAAAUCCUCCCGAUUAUUUAGGAGGAAUAAAAGACGGGAAUAAAAUUAAUUUUACGUUAACGAAAGAGGAACGUUUGGGAUCCGGUUGUGACGAUGCAUCAACAAUGACGGAAACGAUAGCAGACGAAGAAAUCAAAUUACAAACGGAUAAUAAUAAUUUAUUAAAUUUUUUAUCGUGGUCGAGCCAGGUUGUUUUAGCUGCUUUAGAAAGGAAUCGCGGUAAUUGUUUAAAUUUCGACGGUGAUGACGUCAUAACUAAAAAAAAUUUACCCUUCGGUGACGGUUACGCGGAAUUACCGAUUGAUAAAAUAUCAGUUUUACGUGAUAAAUCAAUAACGAACGUGGCAUCAGUUAAUAAAAGCUGCGAAAAACUUUUAUCCGUUCACGUGAACAAAAAUAAACAUUUUCAAAGGAGUUUUUUGUCCGUUUGGAAUUUAAGAGAUACGUCACAACCUUAUAAAAUAUUAGUGGCAUCGAAUAAGGUAUCUUGCUGUAGUUUCGGUCCGAACGAUGGUGAUUUGGUCUUUGCCGGAUUGGAUGACGGAUCUUUAUGUCUGUGGGAUCUUCGAGAAUCUUCCAUGCAUCACACGUCAUCAUCGGAAGACUCCGAAUGGGUAUUAAGAUCUCCGACAUACACGACAGCCGGAUACUUAGACGAACCCAAAUGUUUAAAUUCAUUGGUUUCCGUUAAAAUUUUAAAAAAAGCAGAAGACGUUAAUGAAUAUAACGAUUUCACACCCGUUCAGGUUUGCACUCUCGACAUGAACGGUACGAUAAUCACAUGGUCGAUAUUAUCGAUCGAUAAAUCGAUUAAAAACGAACCAUCCGAAGAUUUAGGUUUGGCACAUUGGGGUAAAUUAAGACUCGUUCAAAGUUCGAAAUUUUCAAUUUUUCAAAAUUUGAGAAACGAAUUACCCGGAUUGUUUAUAACGUGUUUCGACAUGUUAAUCAACGAAGCAGAAGACGAUGGAUUUUACAUAGCCAACAGUUUCGGUAGCAUAUAUCAUUUUUCAACAUAUGGUACGUUCAUGAAACCUAAAUAUUUUGUACCUACGAAACAUGACGUCAUCGUUGAAACGACUUGUCUCGAAAUAUGUCCGUUCAAUUCGAAUUAUUUUCUUGCCGGAUGCGGAGAUGGAAGCGUGAGGUUGCAUUAUCGACAUCAGGAAAAUCCAUUGAUAACGUUAAAUUUUAAUGACAACGUGGAAAGUGAAAAAAAAUCUCCUGUCGUUUCCCUAUCGUGGAUGAAUAGACGACCCUGCGUUUUUUUCGCAUUGGAUGCCAAAUCCAGGAUACACGUUUGGAAUUUGAGUUCGAGCGAUAUUUAUCCGGAAAUGACGUUAUUACUCACGGAUAAAAAAAUUUCAUGCAUGAAACUUUUAACAUCGUCCGAUUCUAAACAGCGACCGUUUAUAGCGCUCGGAACAGACGAUGGAAAAAUUGAAAUACAUAAAUUAAACGAAGAAUAUGGUGGAAAAUCAUCGGCCGACGUUCGAAACGAAAUGAAAAUUUUUUUAAAAUAUGUUUCUAUAUUAUAA